AUGUCAUACACCACGGGACCUUCCCCCCUCUAUGUGGUUCAGAAACCACCAUACUCCAUCGAUGUGCCGGGUGCGCAGCCGGUCCCUGGCGAGACAAUCCCCCGCCGUCAUCCCAAGGCCCGUGACGGCCUGGUUGAACGCCCAGCUCCCGACGUCGACAACGUCUUCUCUCUCAUCCGCCGCUCGGUCAACAAGUACACAAAUGAAACCGCAGUUGGCAGCCGCAGUUUCAUCCAUAUCCACAAGGAGGUCAAGAAGGUUCCCAAGGUUGUCGAUGGCGAGGUGCGCCAAGUCGACAAGGAGUGGUCGUUUUUUGAGCUCUCCGACUACUCUUACCAGACCUACGGUGAUUACUUCCAGCAGCUCCUAAAAGCAGGUAGUGGCCUGCGCCGUCUUGGCCUCGAUCGUCAGGACAAGCUGCAUAUCUUCGCCUCCACCAGUCUCCAAUGGAUGACGCUAGCGCACGGUUGUGCUUCGCAGUCGUUGGCCAUCGUGACUGCGUAUGACUCGCUGGGAGAGUCGGGCGUGCAGCACUCGCUGACUCAGACGGGUGCUGUCGCAAUGUUCGUUGACCCCCAUCUUCUCGACACGGCAUCUGGCCCCAUCGAAGCGGCUUCCGGCACUGUCCGCUACGUUAUCUACAACAAUCUCAGCCACCGGCCUGUGCACCCUGACCAGAUCGAUAACUUUCGUCGGAAGCACCCCAACGUGCGCGUUUUGAGCUUUGACGAUCUUAUCGAACUCGGCACCGAUGCGGACGGCAAGCCCGCCUUGGCUCCAGAUGUCCCAUCGCCCGAUGAUCCAUUUUGCAUCAUGUACACGUCGGGCAGUACAGGCCUUCCCAAGGGUGUGCCUGUGACCCAUGCUGGUCUUGUGGCGGCCGUUUCUGGCCUCUACUCGGUCGUCGAAGAAUUUGUUUCUCAUCGGGACCGUGUGCUAGCGUACCUACCGCUGGCGCAUAUCUUCGAGUUGGUGUUGGAGAACCUGGUCUUCUUUAUUGGCGGCACGCUGGGCUACGGCUCUGCACUCACGCUUACAGACACAUCCAUGAAGACGGGCUGCUUAGGUGACCUGCGGGCCUUCCGCCCCACGAUCUUGGUGGGCGUGCCACAGGUAUGGGAGACGGUUCGCAAGGGCGUAGCCGCGGGCGUCGAUAACGCGAGCAUUAUUGCCAAGUCCUUGUUCUGGGGCCAUCUGACCUUAAAGAAGGUUCUUAUGCAGCGUGGUCUGCUCUUUGGACCCGUUGCAUCCGCUGUCGAAAAAAUUGACAACGUCGUCUUUGGACGCGUGCGCACAUCUACUGGUGGCAACCUGCGGUUCAUUGUCAAUGGUGCAAGCGGAAUCUCCAGAGAUACCAGACAAUUCCUAUCGCUGGUUGUCGGCCCCAUGAUGGACGGUUACGGCCUCACGGAGACCUGUGGCAACGGCGCUCUUGGCUCGCCGCUGCAAUGGACCGAGACCCCCACUGGUGGUAACAUCUCGUCCGCCAUCGAGGUCAAACUCGUGGGUCAGCCUGAGCUGGGCUACAACGCCAACCCCACCCCGGACAGCGGCGAGGACCCGCACGGUGAGGUGUGGAUUCGCGGCAAGGCCGUUGCGUCCGAGUACUACAACAACCCGGCGGAGACGGCCAAGGCCAUCACGGCGGACGGCUGGUUCCGCACGGGCGACAUUGGUGCUUUCGACCGCCACGGUCAUCUCCGCAUUGUCGACCGCCUCAAGAAUCUGAUCAAGAUGCAGGGCGGCGAAUACAUUGCGCUUGAGAAGCUCGAAGCCAUCUACCGCGGCGCGACGGCCGUGCAGAACGUUAUGAUCUACGGCGAUUCAGAGCACUCGCGGCCUGUGGCCGUUAUUAGCGUGAAUGAGAAGGGCCUCGAGGCGCUGGCCAAGAAGAACGGCAUUACGGUCGGCGGGGGCGGGAGCGCGAUGGCGCUGCACCACAACCCCAAGGUGCGCGACCUGGUGCUUAAGGAGCUGCUGAGCGUGGGCAAGGUGGCCGGUCUGUCGCCGAUCGAGACGGUGCAGGGCGUCGCACUGGUCGACGAAGAGUGGACGCCUGCCAGCGGCUUGGUCACUGCUACGCAAAAGGUGAACCGGCGCAAGAUCACGGAGACGUACAAGGACGAGAUCAACAAGGCCUUUGCUGGCAAGUAG